AUGGUAUCCAACAGCUUCCCUGCUGCUGAACACAGCGUCAUGAUGAUUUCUGAGGAAGUAAGUGCAAUAAUCCAAGGUGAAAUCCCGGUCAAGAGACCUGAUCCGGGCAGUUUUGUUCUAGAUUGUUCCAGCGUAAACCUCAUGCCACACUCUAUUGCGAUAUCCUUGGGAUACGACGAGUUCAAACUUACCAAAAUAACUUUGGUUCUUGCCGAUAAAUCCGUUAGAGUACCUGAGGGAGUACUUGACGACGUGCCAAUACUGAUUAAUGACUGUCACGUACCAACGGAUUUCGUGGAGCUGAAAUACAAGAAUGAACCAAAGGAUCCCCUCAUUUUUGGUAGACCAUUUCUAGCUACAGCUGGUGCGAUCAUCGAUGUCAAGGAAGGUAGGAUAUGUCUAAACAUUGGAAACAAUCUGAUGACCUUCGACAUGGAUAAGCUGAUAAGACGACCUUUAAUCGAUAAACAAACUUCCUACGUGGAUUAUAUUUGUGAGUUGGCUGAAGAAUCUUUCAUAAACCUGUGCUCAGAUGAUCCCCUGGAAAAAGUACUCACGUCUAGUGACGAAGAAACAAUUAUUAUUGACAGCAGAGAUGAGGAAUACACACGAUUGAUGGACGCAAGUAUGGAAGUAGCGAAUGUUGAUGACACAGAGGAUGACACUUCGGAAAUAAACGUCGAUCGAUAUUUGGAAAAAGCUAUCGAUCGACAACCAUCUCCCUCAGAAGAUUGGGAUCCCGAAAAAUCAGCAAAGAUUGAGUUAAAGCAACUACCCGCUGGACUCAAAUAUGCUUUUCUCUAUAAAAAUUCCUACCCCGUAAUCGUGAAUGCCAACCUGACUAAUGGAGAACUUGCUUUGUUAUUAAACAAAUUACAAAAAUAUAGGAAAGCCCUCAGAUACUCUCUUGAGGAUAUCCCUGGUAUUUCUCCAGACCUGUGCAUGCAUCGGAUUCACCUUGAAGACGAUUCAAAAUCGUCAGUGGAGCACCAGAGGUGGCUAAACCCAAACCUGAAAGAAGUUGUUAAAAAGGAAAUAAUCAAGCUUCUAGAUGUAGGGGUUAUUUACCCAAUUUCGGAUAGCAAUUGGGUUAGCCAUGUGCAUGUCGUACCAAAAAAUGGCGGAAUCAUUAUGGUGAAGAAUGAUAAAAACGAGCUCAUCCCUAUGCGAACUGUCACCGGACAUCGGAUGUGCAUCGACUAUAGGAAGUUAAACUCUGCCACAAGGAAAGAUCACUUCCCCUUACCCUUCAUUGAUCAAAUGUUGGAAAGAUUGGCAAAUCACCAAUAUUAUUGUUUUCUUGACGGUUAUUCCGGAUUUUUCCAAAUCUCUAUAUAUCCUGACGAUCAAGAAAAGACCACUUUUACAUGCCCUUACGGAACAUUCGUAUACCGCAGGAUGCCUUUUGGUCUUUGUAAUGCUCCCGCCACUUUCGAACGCUGCAUGAUGUCGAUCUUCACAGAUGUGAUAGAGGAUUUCAUGGAAGUUUUUAUGGACGAUUUCUCUGUGUAUGGAUCCAGUUUCAAACACUGUCUCGAUAACCUAUGUAAAGUCUUGGCAAGAUGUGAAGAAAAGAACCUCGUUCUGAAUUGGGAAAAAUUCUACUUUAUGGUUAACGAUGGGAUCGUCCUAGGACAUAAAGUGUUCGCUGCUGGCAUAGAAGUCGAUCGGGCGAAGAUUGAGGUAAUGACCGGCUUGCUUGCACCCACGAACGUAAAAGACGUGAGAAGUUUUCUUGGGCACGCCGGAUUUUACAGGAGGUUCAUACAAGAUUUUAGCAAAAUCGCUAGACCUCUCACUUCCCUCCUCUGUGAAAGUCUGCAUCGGGAAGUGCACACAGUCGAAAAAGGUUCAAGGAGCAGACCUUGGUACGCUGAUAUAGUGAACUAUCUAGCUGUUGACAUAGAACCCGAGGAGCUGAGAGGGUAUAAACGGAAGAAGUUUUUAAGAGAAGUAAUGAGAUAUCACUGGGACCAACCAUAUCUCUACAAGCACUACUCUGAUGGGAUAUAUAGGCGCUGCGUCGCCAAAACUGAAAUAUCCGAUAUUUUAUUCCAAUGCCAUGGAUCCGACUAUGCUGGAACUUUUGCAACCUUUAAAACGAUGUAUGAAAGGAGGACGAAGCAGAGGUUCGACGUCGGCGGCAGCAGCACAGCUCCGCCACUACCACCGGUUCGCGACCAGUACCCUUGGCCGCACGAGCGCGAAGACGAACCUAUCCCACUCUUUGACCACUUCGAGGACGCACACAAAGCAGCGAAGAGCUCGACAUGUAGAAACCGUGCGAUCGAGGAUACUUGGGACGACUAUGACAGAAUAUUCUACAAUGAGUGGCUAGUCCCUCUCUCGACUCUCUGCACUAUCUAUGGGUUCAAGUACGAGCGUCAGCGCGCCAUCGUACCCGACUUCGUAGGGAUCUCGACAUUUUGGGGGUACAUAGCCACCGGCUUCUUCGACUCCGCCAAGACUCUUCAGACGGACAUCAGUCAUCUAACUCUGCGCUACUUCAUGAAGGUCCUUGCCAACAGUCUGUUGUGCAAGAUGGAACCUAGUAAGGUUCGGGUGCAGGUGCUCACAUUUGUCUAUUACGCGGUGAGGAGUUUGGUUCACAGGGAGGACAUCGAGGAGCCCGCAGACGACAUGUGGCCCAACAUUGGAGCCGUAUUUGCUGAGCAUCUGGUCAAGCUCAAGAUGAAGCCGUUCCAGUCAAAGGGAAGGAAGAAGGAGAUGGUCGGACGCCUACUUACCCCGAUUUUCAUACAUUGCGGAGUCCCGUUAGACGAUGCCGAGAAGGAUGAUCGGAUCGUCUACAUGGAUGCAGCGCAUCUCAUAAGCACUCAGUGGCUCAAGGAAGACCGCGACUGGUGCUUCAGGGAUGAGAACGGCACGCACUUGGUGAGGCUGCCACUUCGACCAUGGCCUCACAAGCAUUCAGUUCCGCCCUAA